AUGGCAAAGCUGAGCACCCCUGACAAUGGACGACGGCUGCCCGACCUCCAGCUCAGACUUGACAAGCUACUUGACAACUUUUGGCGCAAACUAGAGAGCAGAAUGCACCCACCUGCCUCACAACAGCCGAACCACUUACCCAAAACGCAGCCCCAACGAGGGAGAAAAAGCCCGAAGGUCCCGACUGCACAGCGAGCCUCAAAAUGGUGGCGUACCAAGCGGCGCACCCUACACCAGCACAAGAAACCAAACAUCCACGAGAAACACCAUCAGGGGCAUAAAGCACAAAUGGAAAGCACGACCGCACAAGUUUACUUAGCAGCAAAGGAGUCUAGGGGAUCGCAACGCCUCACUCCACUCCUGCUGCAGAUACUGCAUGGAGGUCGGCCUCUUCGGACAACAGUGACCCACAAGGCCCGGCCACGCUUCAAAAUUGCGGAGUACCCCUGA